ACCACCUGGUGAUCACUCUCAGUAUUGCUAACAAGACGCGAUGAGGAUGAGGGAUAUUGUAUCCGUCUACCCCUUCCUCUUCCUCUUCUCAGCUUUCCUGAUGAUCUUACCAGUAGCUGCUGCUGCUCUCACCGCACCAUCCCGACAGUAUUUGAGCCAUAGCCAUGAGUGUGAUGCUCUGCUUCAGUUCAGUAACGCAUUCAUCAACACAAAGGACGCCUCUGAAGACUACUGCGACAAGGACUCCUCUAUCACUUCAUAUCCGAAGACAGCCUCAUGGAAGAAUGGCAGCGAUUGCUGCUCGUGGGAUGGGGUCACAUGCCACCCAUCCACAAAGUACGUGAUUGGCAUCGACCUCAGUUGCAGUUGGCUCAAUGGUACCCUCCAUCCCAACAGCACCCUCUUUUCGCUCUACAAUCUUCGAUGGCUCAACCUCGCUGGUAACAAUUUCUAUUUCUCACAAAUUUCCCCCGGGUUUGGUAUCUUUACCGGAAUGGAGCAUCUCAACCUCUCUCAUUCUGCUUUCUCGGGUCCCAUUGCUCCAGAAAUCUCUCACCUUUCCAGCCUAGUUACAUUCAAUGUCUCGGGUAACAGUGAUCUAACAAUAGAAGAUGAUCAUAGUUUCAGAAGGCUUGUUGGUAAUCUCACCCAGCUGAGAGAACUUGUUCUUGAUGGUAUUGACAUGUCUACAGUUUCUCCCAAUUCCCUCACUAACCUCUCUUCCACUCUGACAUCUUUGAGUCUUCGGGACUGCAAUCUGCGAGGCAUAUUCCCAGUUGCCAUCUUCCAUCUCUCAAACCUCCGCAGUCUCUCUCUUUCUCAUAAUUCUGAUCUCGUGGGCACUCUCCCCCAGACAAACUGGAUCGGUCCGUUGGUCUCCUUGGAUCUAUCAAAUACAAUCUUCCACGGGUCAUUUCCGGCAUCAGUUGGGAAUCUGAGGUCCAUGAAUUAUCUGGACCUCUCUCACAGCAGAUUCACCGGUCCCAUCCCACCGGCACUCGGAAACCUUGACCACCUCACCCAUUUGGACCUUGCGUUUAACAACUUCAGUGGCAUCGUGGACUUUGAAAUGUUUGCAAGACUCAAAAAUCUCCAGUACCUUUCCUUUCCAAGGAACAACCUCACUGUGAUGUUGCAAAGCGAUAGCAACUGUUCCUUCCCAAGUCUCAAAGUUUUGAUACUGCCCAAUUGCAAGUUGACUGAAUUCCCGCAUUUCUUGAGUUCUUCAUCUGAGCUGGAAGAAUUGGACCUUUCUGGAAACAAGAUUCACGGAGGGAUUCCUGAAUGGUUUUGGAGAGUAGGGAGGGACACAUUGGCGUCCUUGGAUCUCUCAGACAACAAUUUCACAGGAGAGAUCCCAUCCUCAUUCUGCCAAGUAAGUUCACUAUAUUCUUUACACUUCUCAGAUAACAGACUCAAUGGCAACAUUCCGAGAUGCUUAGGAAAUUUAAGCAACCUCUGGCAGCUUGAUGCCUCAAAUAACAGCUUCACCGGAGAGAUCCCAUCUUCAAUCUGCCAAUUGAGUUCACUAUAUAGUCUAUAUCUCUUAGGCAACAGACUCAGCGGCACCAUUCCCAAUUGCUUGGGAAAUUUAAGCAGCCUUACCUGGUUGGAGUUGAGCGACAAUCAAUUGCAAGGCCCACUGCCAGCAUCUCUAGCAAACUGUACGAGCUUGGAGCAUUUAAAUGUUAGUUACAAUGAAAUGUAUGACACUUUCCCUCACUGGUUAUUAAAUGCUCCCCUCUACAGCUUGUUAGUUUUAGAUUUGCAGUCAAACAAGUUUCAUGGAGCCAUUGAGAUUCCCAUCCCACCGCAAAUUUCAUACUUUCUCAUCUCCGACAAUGAUUUUGCUGGACGGUUGCCAAUAAACUUCUCUCUUGAUUCAAACGCUUAUUUCAUUGACCUAGCAAAUAACAAUUUCGAAGGACCACUUCCCAUUCCACCGUCCACCAUUCAAUCCUAUUACAUUGCAAACAAUAAGUUUAGCGGAGACAUUCCUUAUCAGGUCUGCAAUGCCACUAGACUACAGGUCAUCGACCUAUCCAUUAAUCACUUGACCGGCACCAUUCCUCACUGUUUCAGUAAUUUUAAUGCCUCGCUAUCAAUAUUGGACCUCCGAGCAAAUGACUUUGUUGGUCAAAUACCAGAUAUAUUCAUCCCAAAGGCCAGCUUGAGGACGAUUCGCUUGAGUCAGAAUCGCCUUCGAGGCACACUAUCACGAUCUUUGGUACAUUGCAAGAACUUGCAAGUUCUAGAUCUCAGUGAAAACGAGUUGGAGGACCACUUUCCUUAUUGGUUGGAAGCUCUGCCAAGUCUGCAAGUUCUUAAUCUGAGAUCAAACAAGUUCCAUGGUUUAGUGGACAGUUCUGGUGAAGCUGAUAGUCCCUUCCCAAAAUUGCGCAUUUUUGACAUCUCUGCCAACAGCUUUUCCGGUCCACUGCCAGCCAAGUAUAUUACCAACUUGAUUGCCAUGAAGGAUGUAACGAGCAGUGGAUUUCAAUAUAUGGAUUCGAAAUAUGGACAUUAUCAAGAUUCCAUCACAGUGGUCAUGAAAGGAUCGGACAUUGAGCUGGUGAAAAUUCUGAUUGUAUUUACAACCAUCGACUUCUCAGGGAACUUUUUCGAAGGAGAGAUUCCAGAACUAAUCGGAGAUCUGAAGGCACUCAAGGGACUCAACCUUUCUCAUAACAAUCUGACUGGCAGGAUCCCGUCUUCUCUGAGGAAUUUGACUAAUCUCGAGUGGUUGGACCUAUCCUCGAACGAGCUCAACGGGGAGAUUCCUGUAGAAUUAGCAGAUCUUACGUCGCUCACCACCCUAAAUCUCUCAAAUAACCAGCUUUUUGGACCGAUUCCUAAGGGCCCGCAAAUCGAUACAUUUGAGCACUCCUUUGACCGGAAUCUCGGCCUGUGUGGUCAUCCAUUGCCAAAUGCAUGUGGGACUGACACGGUGGACUCACCACCACAUUCAACUUUCUCUGAAGAAGAAACAGUGCAUUGGAUUGAAUGGAGGGCAGUGCCAAUGGGCUACGGAUGCGGACUCGUCCUUGGGAUAUCAUCAUGCUACAUUAUGCUGGAAACUGGAAGACCAAGAUGGUUGGUGAGAAUGCUCGAGAGGAAAAUAUACAGAAUGACAAAACGUAAAAGGAGAAAUGUGGCUUCAAGGAAUCGCAGGAGGAGGAGCCCAAGAGGUCAAUGAGACGGGAAGAGAAGGCAAAAAAAUGGUAGUAUGAAAGCUUUCAUCGACAAAGGGAAAUGGCAAUACAUUGAUGAAGUGGAAACUUCCACGACUUUAUUCCAUAAACUUUUUUUUUUUUUUGGAUGUCGGUUUUUUCAAGUGGAAUGACAACAAUCAUAUGUUUUGCUCUCCAUAAUAAAUUCAAGUGUUUGAAUGAGAUCAUUACCAUCUGAUGCA